GAGUUUGAAAUUAUCAAAAACUUUAACAAAACUUAUCACAAUUUUGAAGCAGACAAGGAAAAUCUCCUUAAAAGAAAAAAAUUACAAGAAAGUGAUAAAAAAUUAAACGAGCAAAUCUCAAACACAAAACCUUCAAUCAACCUAAAUAUCUCCAUGAACAUCAAUAACCAAAUACUAAAUGACUCCAUGCUCUACUCUUCAAAGACUUCUAAAUCCUCUAAAAAGACUUCCAAAAAGACUAGCAAUGUCUCAGUAAAGCAGAAAACUAUGAACUUGGGUGCUGCAAAUUUGUCCCUCAAACAUCUUCUAAGUAGAAUCGAAGAUAAAAGAGACAUGAUUCCUCUUAAUAACAGAGAGUUAAGACAUUUGUUCUCCGACGUUCGCAAAAAUAGAUCCAAAUGGGCUUCAGAUGAUAAAAUUGGUCAAGAAGAACUUUAUGAGGCCUGCGAAAAGGUCGUCGCAGAAUUGAGAAAUUACACAGAGCAUUCAGUCCAUUUUUUAAAUAGGGUCAGUAAAAAAGAGGCUCCGGAUUAUGCUCAUUUUAUCAAAAAACCCAUGGAGCUAAACACUGUUUUGAAAAAACUAAAAACCUACCAAUAUAAAUCAAAACAAGAAUUUCUUGAUGAUUUAUUCUUGAUUUGGUCCAAUUGUUUAACUUAUAACUCACAACCAAGUAAUCCUUUAAGAAUUCAUGCAAUUGAAAUGAGAAAAAAAACUGAAUCGCUCAUUCCACUGAUCCCUGAUAUAGUCGUUAGAAACAGAGCCGAUGUUGAAAGAGAAGAAGAAGAAUUGGAAAAACUUAAUAAUCUCGAACAGCUUAGAGAAUCCACUCAAAGAGGAAAAGGUGUCAAGCGAUCAAGUGAUGGUCAUUCUAGACCUGUUAAAAAUUCAAGAUUAAGCGCUCCGAUUGGUCUUAGCACUAAACAUACUGAUUUGAAUUUGCUUCAACAGCAUCAAUCCCAAAAUAUUGUGUCAACAGUUGGUACUCCAUUUUCUUCAUUUGAUUCUCCAGCACCUGAAGACGACGACGAUGAUACAAAUAUUAUAGAUAAUAAUAACAUUGAUCCCAAUGAUGACGAUGAUGACGAUGACGAUGAUGACGAUGACAUUGAGCUGCAAGAUUGGAGAAAUAUCACUUCCAAAAUACGAGGGGAUUACUGUUUCAAACGAUCGGAGUUGUUUAAGAAUAACAAAUUGAAUGUUGAGUCAGAAGCUCUUUUAAGAAAAUCAAAUAAAAUGAUAAACUUUGAAAAUUAUUUGAAAGAUAUAAGAUCAGACAAUUUAUCUCGAGACGAAAAUGUCACCAACGAAAUUUUAAGCAGUACUGCUCCUGAAUUGCUAGAUGAUCAUAACGAUUUGUAUUUAAUUGAAUAUGAUAAUUCGGUUGGGUUGCCUCCAAUCUCAUAUAAUGGCUUAACACCAGAAGAUUUGAAUAAAGAAGAAAACAUCAUUGCGGAUACGAUUAUUUGCCAACAAAAACAAGCCAAUUCAGAAAAGAUUGCUCCCAAACUUUCUGAUUUCGGAUCGCCAGAAAAUGGACUAAACAAAACAGUACUAGCUAACAUCAAUGAAAUGCAACUCAUAAGAAAAACAUGCUUUAAAAUAUCUUUAAUUCGACAAAUGCAACAGAAUCAGUUCUUACAUCACUCUCAAAUGAAACCUCCUGAAUUUCAAAAAUUGAAAGAAAUUGAUAUUGAUCCAAUGGUUAGAUACUCUUCUACAUAUGAAAAACAUUUUGAUCCGAAAUUAAUGUACGCGAUUAUGAAAAGAAAUAUAUCUAAGAUUGCAAUGGCUAAUGGAUUUGAAUCAACCGAACCAGCAGCAGUGGAAACUUUAACUGAAGUUGCUACCAAUUUUCUUAAUAAUUUAGUCAAAACUUUCAAAUCGCAUUUUGAGACAAAUUCAAGAAAUAAAAAGAAAUCCAAGCGUGAAGUUAUCUUGACGACUUUAGUCGAGAACGGAAUUGAUAAACCUGAUGAUCUCUAUGUUUACAUUGAGGAAAAAAUCCUAAAACAAAAUGGAAAGCUUGUGGAUUUGAAGCAAAAGCUUUCAAAUUUUUUGAAAGAUUUAUUAAGGCCAUCAUUAUCAGGACUAGGUGACAGAUUGAUGAAUGAAACUCAAUUCAAUGACAAUAGUGAUCAAUUUUUAACUGGUGAUUUUUCUAAUGAGCUCGGUGAAGACUUUUUUGGGUUUAGAGAGCUAGGAUUAGAUAGAGAAUUUGGAUUGUUAACGUCUUCAAUUCCUUUACAUUUACUACAUUCUAGAUUGAAUAAUUCUUAUCUUAAUCAACAAGGAACUAGUUCCAGUAAUUUUGUGGAGCUACAUGAAUUUGACACCAAAGUUUAUCCUAAAUUAACAAAAGCCGAUAUUGGCAAACAAAUCAAGCUAAUUCAACCCUUCUUUGAAAAAUGUUUUGAAAAAUCGCGUAUAAUACAUCUUCGAAAUUAUAAGAAUAGUCUCAAUAAUGCUGGAUUUGAUAAGGAUCCCAAGAAUAAAGAUAAAUUGAUCACAAAUGAUGAAAGCAAAAUGACGGUUUUGGAAGAUGAAGAUUUACCUCAAAAACAAAGAAAUAACAGACCUAAACUUCCACCCAGUGGAAAGAUUCCUGGACCAAAGAAGAAAUCAGUUUCAACAGCGUUUUUCUUA